AUCAGCCUCGUCUUUGUUCGUGCCACAAUUCUCUCGUUCCUAAACCUCUUCGCAUUGUCUGCCUACGAUGAUCCGACGCGACCCUACCUGCAUCAUCAUGACCGAUGCUGACGUGCAGGACGUCCGGGAUAUGAUGAUGAAGAAGCGCGUCGUGGUCGCCAAAAUGACCACUGCAAAGGCUGGCCACAGGAAAUCUCAUUCAGGCCAACCAUACGUGGCCGCUGAAGAUGCUAGAAGACAAAGAGAGGCCAUGUCUAGGGACGAACGUCUGGGACUCCGGUAGAGCUGCGACGUGUACGGGAAGCUAUUGGAUGUAUGAAUACAUAUGGCAUCGAAAAUUGUACAUCGCAGGGGACGCUUUGAGUUAUUGUCCGUGGAGACUGCAUCACUCUUGAAACGCAGCUCGGAAACCUUCAAGAUCAUGGCGCUCGCACAGCGUCGCUAAAUCGAUACGCUGCAUGUGCAAGCACGUCGUCUUGAGACUCUCCCACAACGCCGAGGACGUGAUACCGCGCUUGUCGGCGCCUGGCUGGUCAUAGACGCUGUCGCUGUCUUGGAGCACCAGGG